AUGCAUAGCUGCGAGAGAAAAGGAGAUGAACGUCGUAGAACUCUGAGGUUAUUGAAAUUCCCAAGAACACAACUGACCCUAGAAUCUGCAGAACUUCUUUCUCCCGUGUUCAAUCGAAUCACUAAACAUGAGGAAAUUGAUUUUUUCAACGAGAGAGUAGAAACUCUGGCUGGUAAUGGAACUAAAGGCUCAGAUUACCAAGAAAAGUGUGUUGUACAAAUCAUCCAAUGGAGGAGAAAAAUUACGAAGAUCCAAGGGAAGAGGAAGAUCGACUUGGUUUAUGGAGGAGGAAGUGUUGGUUUGAUGGGUCUUAUUUCCAAGAGAGUUUAUAAAGGUGGCUUCCAUGUGCUCGGGAUCAUUCCCAAGGCUUUGAUGCCAAUUGAGAUAUCUGGUGAGACUGUUGGAAAUGUAAGAGUGGUUGCAGACAUGCACGAACGAAAAGAUGCAAUGGCACAAGAAGCUGAGGCCUUCAUUGCCCUCACUGGAGGUUAUGGAACAAUGGAGGAGGUGCUGGAGAUGAUAACAUGGUUGGUCUAUUUAAUGUUGAUGGGUACUAUAACAGUUUGCUUGCUUUUGUUUGACACUGGCGUUGAAGAAGGUUUUAUUAAACCUGUUGCACGUAACAUUGUGGUUUCUGCUCCACAAGCCAAAGAGCUUAUGGAGAAGAUGGAGGGAGUAAGUCAAUCUAUGGUGGCACCUUUCCCGACGAAAAUUUCAAAGGUGGAAGGGAACCAUGUUCUGUUUGGGAAGGUUAUACAAGGGAUGGACUAUGUGUUCGCCAUUGAAGGUGGAGCUGGUACUUACAGUGUCAAACCAAGGAAGAAAGUUGUGAUUGCUGAUUCCAGAGAGAUCCCUAAAGACAAAUAG